CAAAUAUUCAUGUGGAUAGACUAUUUACUCUCAAGAGAUCCCAAAGAAUUAUCGCAAAGAGCAGCGUGGUUGAAAAUUGAAACCCAACAGAAAAACAAAGAAGGAAGAGUGAGUAGUAGCAUAGCACAGUGAUGAGUGUUCAAUUAUCAAGCUUAUGGGUCCCCAAUUCUCCACCAAUACCCACACACUUCAUUCCCAACCGUUGCAGAUUCACCCCAUCAGCUAUCUCACCCCAAUCCCCCACCAUUCAGAUAAUUGGUGUGAGAGGCCCUAGUUGGAGGGAUAACGGAUAUGAGUGCCAAGGAGAGAGUGAUCAUUGGAGUGACCUUGACUCUGAUCUUUAUCACUGGACAAAGCCAUUACGCCCUGUGCAGUGGUUUCCUGGUCAUAUAGCAAAAGCUGAAAAAGAACUGAAGGAGCAGCUCAAGUUGAUGGAUGUUGUGAUAGAGGUGCGGGAUGGACGAAUUCCUAUGUCCACAAGUCAUCCACAGAUGGAUCUAUGGCUUGGAAAUAGAAAGAGAAUUUUGGUUUUAAAUAGAGAAGACAUGAUAUCAACUGCAGACCGCAAUGCUUGGGCAGAUUAUUUUGCUAGGAAUGGCACAAAGGUUGUCUUUUCCAAUGGGCAGCUUGGAAUGGGCACGAUGAAGCUAGGACGGUUAGCUAAGGAAUUAGCAGCAGAUGUAAAUGUUAAGCGUAGAGCCAAAGGAUUACUUCCUCGUGCGGUUCGAGCUGGAAUAGUUGGAUACCCUAAUGUUGGGAAAUCAUCUUUGAUUAACCGUUUAUUAAAGCGAAGAAUGUGCCCAGCAGCUCCCAGACCAGGAGUCACAAGAGAAUUGAAGUGGGUUCGUUUCGGGAAAGAUCUUGAACUGCUGGAUUCUCCUGGGAUACUCCCGAUGCGAAUCAGUGAUCAGUCAGCUGCUAUAAAACUUGCCAUAUGUGAUGACAUUGGAGAGAGGUCCUAUGAUGUGACCGAUGUUGCUGCAGUUCUUGUGCAGAUGCUCACAAAACUUCCCAUAGUAGGGAGAGAUGCUCUUUGUAAACGAUACAAGAUUGAUGUAGAUAAUCAAUGUGGUAAAAUAUUCAUAGAGAAGCUUUCUGUUCAACUAUUUAAUGGAGAUGUUCAUCAAGCAGCAUUCCGUGUCCUAGCAGAUUUUAGAAAAGGUAAGUUUGGUUGGACUGCACUGGAGAGGCCUCCUAGGUGAAUGCAAAUAUUUGGUUUUAAAAGCAGAAUUCUGCAAAGCUUGAAGCGAAAAUUAUGCUAGAGUGCUCCUGGAACUGACUGCAGAAGACAACUCCACAUGGUGUUAGAUGAAUGUGGAUAUUGUGAUUAUGAAUGGCAUUAUGGAAGAGAAAAGUGAAUGUUCCCACAAGACAAAACCUUCGGACUUGAGGCACACGAAACAAAGGAUUUGAAGCCAUGGACGCUUCCUGUUAUUGCCAUGUAAUUUGGUCUCAUGCAUCUCUGUGUCUUUAUACAACUAGUGUGUGCCAUGGAAUGGGAGUUCAUAUGCAUCAUGCAUAUGUAGUAUAUAUUUAAUUGUUAUAGUGAGAUGUUUCUUAAAAUUAGGGCUGAUGCUUGUUGCACUUUCGGAUGGUCUUUUAACUUUUAACUCAUUGUUAAAACAGAUAAACAUGAUUGAUCCGCAUAAAUAAGAUGGUAAGACGAUUCAAUAGAGGAAGUUACUUGUACUA